UGCGCCUGCCCGCGGGGGAGGGGACGGGACGGGAGUGGUGUUCGCGCAGCCCCCGCCGCCCCUCACCGCUGACCCGGGAAAGGCGAGGGGGUCUCACGGCGACGUGUGGCCGGGGGGAGCGCAGAGACGGCCCAGCUCCCCGAUCUGCGGGCUCCGGAGCGCCGUUCAGCGCCGACCCCCCCCCCCUUCCGACACCCCCCGCCGCCCACUCGGCGGGUCUGAGGCCGCGCGGCGCCCCGCGCCUGGCACGUGGUCGGCGCGGCAGGCCCCCAUCGCCCCGGCGGCUCUCCCCAGGAUGGCUCCCCGCGGGAGGAAGCGCGGGGCCCGGCAGCCGGCAGCGGCCGAGGCACCGGAGCAGGCCAGUGCCCCGCAGAAGCGGGCCCGUGCCCAGGACGAGGGCAGCCCGGGGGGCACCGGCCCCCGCAUCAUCAUCGAACACUGCAAGAGUUGACGGGUGUUCGGGCGCAACGCGGCGGCGGUGAGCGAGGCUCUGCGCGGGGCCAUGGCCCACCUCCCCGUGGAGAUAAACCCCCAGCAGCCGCGCAGGAACAGCUUUGAGGUGUCGCUGGUGAAGGAGGACGGCAGCACCGUGGAGCUGUGGAGCGGCAUUGGGAAGGGGCCCCCCCGCAAGCUGAAGUUCCCCCAGCCAGAGGCUGUGGUGGAGGCCCUCAAGAGCAGCUUGGCAUAGAGGUGGCGGCCAGCCAAGCCGGGACUGGCAGCUGCAGUGCGAGCGUCCAUGAAGAGGCGAGAUGAAGUGGGGAGCACCCGCCAGCCCCAGUCCCGUCUCUGAUGCUGCAGCUCAGCCACGAGCAGCCACUGCCAGAACCCCCGGCUCCCUCCACAUCCCCCCUUGUCCCCCUGCCGUUCCCCAAUAAAGCUCAGCAGCCCCAGGGA